AGGACGUGUGGAUUGAUAGCGAACAUAGCGUUGGGAACGCCUGUAGUGUUGGUGGCGUUCCUCCCGUUGGGAAUCCUAUACUACGGGAUACAGAAGUACUACAUCUCGACGUCGCGGCAGUUGAAGCGCUUGGAGUCUGUGUCGCGUUCGCCCAUAUAUUCCCACUUCUCGGAGACAGUGGCCGGCGCCUCAUCCAUACGAGCGUACGGCGCGAUACACCGAUUCAUCGACGAGUCCAACCGUAAAGUCGACAUAAACCACACCUGUUAUUACCCAAGCGUUGUGUCCACCCGUUGGCUGACAGUUAGGCUCGAGUUUUUGGGAAAUUGUUCGGUGUUUUUCACGGCCCUGUUUUCGGUGCUAUACAGGGGCUCGUUAUCGCCGGGAAAGGCCGGUCUGGCCAUCACAUCGGCGCUCUCUAUAACUUCUGCGCUCAACCUUCUGGUUAGGGGAAGCACUGACUUGGAGUCCAAUAUUGUUUCGGUUGAGAGGAUAAUAGAGUACACCAAAGAGAAACAGGAGGCCGAAUGGUUCGGCGACACAUCCAAACUGGACAAGUCGUGGCCAUCGAAGGGCGCCAUUGACUUCAAUAACUACAGCACCCGAUAUCGAGAGGGACUCGAUUUGAUACUCAAGAGGAUUGACGUGAAUAUAGCGCCGGGAACU